ACCGGAGCCCCUCUUGCAGGUGUUUGGUGACAUGGAGCAGGUGCGGAUGACCUCGGAGGGCUCCGACUGUCGCUGCAAGUGCAUCAUGCGGCCGCUGAGCAAGGACGCUUGCAGCCGAGUGCGCAGCGGGCAGGCCCGGGUGGAGGACUACUACACUGUGGAGACGGUGAGCUCGGGGACCGACUGCCGCUGCUCCUGCACGGCGCCACCCUCCUCGCUCAACCCCUGCGAGAACGAGUGGAAGAUGGAGAAGCUCAAGAAGCAGGCACCCGAGCUCCUCAAGCUCCAGUCCAUGGUGGAUCUCCUGGAGGGCACCUUGUACAGCAUGGACCUGAUGAAAGUGCACGCCUAUGUCCACAAGGUGGCCUCCCAGAUGAACACGCUGGAAGAGAACGUCAAGCUGAACCUGAGCCGGGAGAACGAGGUAGUGAAGGAGAGCAUGCGCCACCUGAGCGAGCAGCUGAAGCGCUAUGAGAAUCACUCGGCCAUCAUGAUGGGCAUCAAGAAGGAGCUCUCCAGCCUGGGCCUCCAGCUGCUGCAGAAGGACGCAGCCCCGGCCUCGGCCGCUGCCCCAGCACCCGGCCCUGCCAGCAAGGCUCAGGACACAGCUGGAGGGAAAGGCAAAGACAACAACAAAUACGUCAACGUUCAGAAGACCUUUGCAGACAGGGGCCUCACAAAACCUCCUAAGGAGAAGCUGCUGAAGGUGGAGAAGCUGAGGAAGGAGGGCGGCAAGAGCAGAUUGCCCCAACCCACAGCCAAGCCCCGGACCCUGACCCAGCAGCAGGCCAUAAUCCGAGGCAUCACCUACUACAAGGCGGGCGGGAAGGAGGUGACUGAGGCCGUGGCCGACAACGCCCUCAAGAGCACUUCCUGGCUAGAACAGCGGCCGCCCAGGGUGGAGGGCAGGUCACCGGAGCCCAACUCAGCGGAACAUGACAAGGCUGGGCCCAGGGCCUCAGAGGGAGCGGACCUGGCCUCUGGCACUCUCAGUUCCGACCCUGUCACCACCCCCACCCUGACUCCCACCGCCCGGCCCCAGCCCACCGAGCCACCUUCACAUCCAGAUGUCCCAAGCCAAGGUGAGUAAUUUGAAUUUAGAACACGGAAGAACUGUGUUCUUCAUAAAAUUCGCAGCUGCCACAGUGGCGGAAUCAAUGUUUUGUGCAAUGAUUUAACAAUGCUUUCAAGACUAGAUGGCUGGUUGGGAUCCAAGAGGAUGACAUCUAACCAGCAUAAG